AUGGCAAAUGAUUCAGAGUUUAAUUUCACAGCAACGGCAAGUAUAUGGAUCUCAGAAUUACGCGGUAUCUUUGAGCUGUUUACGAAGAUGUCAGCCGAUGCAGGAGCCACUAAUGUUGCCAAUGGAGGGACUCCUCAACCGCGACCACAGAACAAGCGCCUGCAACAAACACAAGCUCAGGUUGAUGAGGUAGUAGAUAUCAUGCGAGUAAACAUGGAGAAAGUUCUGGAGCGCGACGCCAAACUUAGCCAGUUGGAUGAUCGAGCAGAUGCUUUACAGGCAGGCGCUUCACAGUUCGAGGCCAGUGCUGGUAAAUUGAAGAACAAAUAUUGGUGGAAAAAUAUGAAGAUGAAUAUAAUCAUUGGUGCAGUUGUAUUGGUACUCAUAAUAGCACUAGGAUGUAAGCAUUUGUUGGUAAUAUGUAAAUUUCUUUUAUUGCAUGCUUCAUCCGUUGUUGUUGUAUUUCAUAUACUGCGCUGUGAUUGAUCAAAUCGACAUUUCCUAAAAUGUGUUUACGUCAACUAUAAUUCCACUUUAAACGAAGUGCUUGCAUUGAACAAAUGAAUUUACUUCCGCUUUACCUAUGAAAAUGUUAUUUUAUUUAUAGAUUUGCUACAUUUUUAGACUGAAAAGUCCAACUAGCGUGUAUUCAUACUCAAAAGACUUUAUUUAACUAUUGAAGAGAUAGUAUUUUAUACAAUUCCUGGGUUUGCAGGUGUCUGUUUGUAAACUUUAUAUCAUUAGUCGCUGUACGAUUUUGGAGUUUUAAAGUUUUUAAUGUGUAUAUUUUGUUAUUUCUUGCAUUUGUUGUAAAUUAGAAUGUUGUGGCACUUAAUGUCGUUGGUGUUGUGUCCUUUUAAAAUGGUAUAUAUUUGGCGGGAAGUAAGUUGUUUUCGCUUAUCUAUUUGACUGUGAUAAUGGAUUUUUUUGUUAAGUGCUUAUCACGGUGUUGCGUGUGUUUAUUAUCAUGAUGUUGACUAGUCGGUCGGCUCUUUUGAUUACUUGGAGUAAUAUUUAUAUGAUUGUUUUGUCCUGUCACUGAUUGCAUAUUAGUAAGAACAUAAGAUUUCUGUUUCUCUGUGCGCAAUAACAGAUAAUCAUCAUCCUGCACAAACCUGUUCCACAUGUGUCUCUCCCACUUCUAAUUUUUGCAUACUUUAUUUAGCUGAUAUUCAGUUUUUAUCAUGUCACUUAACCAAUAAUAAACAUUUGAGGAUUGCUUUACCAUUUAAGGUGCACAUUGUUAAACUGCUCAUUUAUUAUUGAACAAUCAAAAUUUGUUUGAGACUUAUGUUUAGUGAGUUUUUUAGACAAUUGAGAUGAAAGUAUGCGAUACUGACGAACUUAAAUGACUUAUCAGCCGAUCAAGAAACUGCCUAAUUACUAAACAAUUAACAGCAAAAGACAAUGAAAUACAGUAGUAUAGUAGUCUUGAUCUAAAUAAUCAGCUUUUACGUGUCGAAUUAUUGGUUGUAGUAAAAGGAAAAGGUUAUGUUCACAUAUUAGUUUUGUGAGCUGGGGUUAUCAUCCUAUAAAGUUCUUGUCACCAUCUGUGAUGCAAAAUGGUCAGAGUUAAGCUAAGGCUCUGAUUUGGUUUCUAAAUAAGAUUUAUGGUUUUCAUCAACCGACAUCAGGUAUGGCGCAAUGUUUUGUUUCCCUUCUGUUUACAAGCUUAAGAUUUAGAGUUAGAGAGGGAAUAUUAUUUAGUUUCACUAAAAACUGAACUACGCACUUAAUCGCAUCAAGUACUUUAACACACAAUCUGCCUUAGGAGUGGACAUGUUUUGGAAUUUAGCUUAAGCACCACCUAAAAUUCAGUUUUUUUGGUUGGAUAAUAGGUAUUUUUACUGAUUUCAAGAAUCUUAAGAACCAAAUAUUACUUAUUUUUUAUCCGUUAAUAGUUAUCUACCACUGCACUUUAAAUUUCUACCUAAAUACAUAAAACGUUAUUUUAACUCGAGCCGCCAGUAUACUAUACCUUCACCCCUUUAAGUAGUUGUAUAGAUUUUUGUUCAUAAAGUCAUUUUUGACUUUCACAUGGUUGAUAUAAAAGGUAUGAACCAAUGUGCAAAGUUUAGGUAUUCUCAACUUAUUAUGAGUUGUUUGAACGGCGUAUGCUCUCCGUAUUAUUGAGCAACGCAUGGUGUAAACAACUCUUAUAAGCUCAUUCGUCACUUUAUUUUAUGUGAUAAUUAAUUUAACUCACCAGUCACAUGUGAUAAUGCUAUCCGGUUGCCCAAACAAAAGUAAAUGGAGCGGGGUUAAAACCCGGGACUUAGUGGCUGAAAGUUGAACGUUUUAACUAUUAAUUCACACCAACUUAAUCUUGUUCUUGUGUGAUAAUGUAUUUUAAUUCGAGUGUAUAUAAAUAUAUUUUAGAACUGUCGAUUGAUUCCAGGUUCCCGAAAUUUGCAUUGUUCUUCCGAUUGAUAAUAUCUACGUUUUGUUUUAUGGAUUACGGCAAACUUAUGUUCCUUCGCUGGUGCAUUGAUUUUACGCAAAUACAAAGUAAAAUCAUAUUGAUUUAGGGCUAAGGGAUAAGUAAUCGCGGUUCUGGAGUCUCACCUCGCUCAUGGUAACCCAAUACUUAUGCUAGUAUAAAUGGAUGGUAAUUAAACACUCAAUAAAACGGUUACCUUAUUCAUUUCGCAGGAAUGCUAUCAACUUUCUUAUAUAUGUAUAAAAGGAGAGCGGUGUUGUUUUGUAUCAUGAAUUACCCAUUAAUGGGGUCUAUAAAAAAAGCUAUGCUAUAUUGUCUAUUUCCUUAUAUUGAUUAGGCUUUGUCAACAGUGUAAUCUAUCGGAGUAGAUUUUCACUUUUCAUAAUGAUUCUCAAAAUUGUAUGAAUCAGUCUGCGACAAUCAACUUAGUGGCAGAAAAGUAUUUUGACACAAGCAGCUAUACCACAUCAGCACGAUUCUAUGAAAUUAACAAAGCAACUGAAGAGUCUAAAUAAUAGUAGUAUAAUAUAAACAUUGAAAAUAUGGUUAAAAAGAAAGUACCUUUGUGGGAUUGUCUAACUUAACGAGUGUCCAAUUAAAGGAGUUUUCACGAGGUUUAUUUGCCUUUCUGGUAUAUGCCAUUUAAUGGCGAACACUGGCACUAAAUCUUUGGAUUGGAAAGGUCAGACACUGCUCUUUAGUCAAUACUAAUCAGUUGGGUACCAAUGUGUCUGAAUCUAUUUUAAAGCCUCGUUGAGAUCAAAUUUUUGGUCAAUACAUCUACGUCCAGGUCGGAAACACGUUUCCUUUGGAAUUCUACUUACGCGUUGGGUUAUUGUGGGAACUGAUAUUUUAAACUUUAUUAGUUAAACAGAUUUCUCUAAACUUGCCACAUGAUCCCAAUCUUUUAUUAUAGGCUGGGACAAUCACUGAUAAAGACCAGUCAGAUAUGACUAGAUUCCAUUUUUAGACUAUCUCUAGUGUGUCGCAGCCAACCUAAGUGAUGAAACUGAUCCCUUAUCCUUAAAGAUAUCUGGUGUUAACCUAAUAGAUCAUACUGCGCUACUUCGUUUAAAUUUAGAUAUGAUCUUUCUGAAUUUCGCAAAUAUUUGGGCGACUUGUGUUAGAUUGUUUGAAAGUAAUGGGUAAUUUGGGAAAGAAUGAAAGUCAGUUAAAAUAUCUCUUAAAGUUCCCUAUCCAUGAUUACAAUUCGCUGAGCAAUGAAUUGCCGUUGUCUUUUUCUGAAGUAGUCUCACCGACGGCUGAUAUUAUAGUACCUAGUGUUACCCAUUGCUGUUGCAUCCUCAAUCCAAUUUGCUUUUUUUGUCAACAAUUGUCCGUGAUCGUUGUCAGUUUACUUUGAAGUCGUUUUUCAUCAAUUCAGUAAAAGCUUAUAAAAUCUGUUAUUUCCCUAACUUUUGGUUUAAACUAGUAGUAUCAGCGCUGUAUUUUAUCCAGUAAAACGCAUCAAAAUGCACGCUCUAUGAGAAGCGGUCGUCUUCUGUCACACACAUAAAUGGUAGCUGGUAGCAAGGCAGUCUAUUUUGGGGGUCACCUGGUUGAAUAGUGUCUCUCUUUAUGAUAGUUGGUACUUGCUGAGAAUAAAUGAUUAUCUAAUCCAUAGUUACUGACCAGAAAUAGCAUUUUGUUCACAUUAGUGACACACAUAAAACUCAAAGCUAGAUGAGGACGGGCGAUACUGAAAACAGAAAAAAGAUGAAGCAGUGAAUAAGAGAUUUGAGGUAAACAAAAUGACCUUGAAGUAUGAGGGCACUUAUCAUUUCUCAGACCCACAUACUGUGGAAGAUUGUCUUUUGACACCUGAGAAGACUGGAUUAGUAUUGUCACCGCCGUCAUAUAGCAAUCUAAAAUGAAGAAGACAAGCAAUCUGUACUGCAAGCACUUAAAACUGAGAGUACACUAUAAUGAGUAUUUAAGUCACUUGAUUCACGUAGACUAAAUUAUGUCUCACGUUAAUUUAAAUGACUGUUCAGAAACUCGUUCCUAUCGAAACGUUCUAACAUAUCCAGAGUAAAUAGCCGCAUUACGAAAACUGUUACCCGAUACAUCCUGUAGCAUGUAAGUUUGCUGGGUCAUAGUUUACAAAAUAGCUCCAGUCAGAUAGUUGGUUAGUAACGCAAAAACAUUCUUGGUCUCAUUAAAAGGUGUACUAGACGCGUCCACUACCUUGCUAGAGGUUUUUUAGUUAAAUAACCAUUGCUAAAUCAUGGCUUAUAAGGUGCCAUACAGAAGUUUUACGCCAAAUAAUGUAUGUUAGGGUUUAGCAGUCGGUCAUAUGCAACGUAGAUUCUGACAUGUACAUCGGUUCAUGCUGCCAUAUCACGUUAGCACAGCGACAUAAAGUUGUCAAGACAAUCCCAGAGUAGUAACGGUAGAAAAUAACAAGUAUAGAGAAAGAUGUGAGGAAAUUUUGGAACUCAAUUCUUGGAGUGAAUACACUUCCACCAUUGCAAACGAUUGUGAACCAUGUCACCCACGUUUUCAAAUCAUUAGGAUCUGCCAAUUUCAUCUAUUUUUUUUCAUAUCUUAGAGGCACCAGUUUUUUCUUAACCUCUUAGCUACGAUCCCAUAUUGAGAAACACUUAUCAAUCCGAGAUACACAAAACAAUUCCAUCUGGCGAACAUUCACCCAAACGAGGACUGUUACUCCAGUUGCUGUUCUUCAGAAAUAACUAGUUUGGGAUUUAAAGUCAAAGUAAUUGUAUAUGUUGGUCGCCUCGUUUAUCUCACUAGUAAUAUAUUUGCCUACAUAAGUACUAUAGAACCCUUUCAUUCUAAAUAUCAAAUUACUUAACAGUAUGUUCUAAGGAAAUAUACUUCAUGUAUUUUUCGUUUAAUUUCCAGGACUAUGCUUACUUUGGAAGUCAUCCAAGUUAUCAGUUCAUUGAUAUGUAGCCUAUAAUCCUUGCCGAUUAUAUUCAUUCUAAGUGGGUUAAUGACACGUACAGAUGAGUGAGUCCUUGAGAUGUAUACCACACUAAGUGUAUGAAAGUUGAUCUCGCUAGUAUAAAAUUGUCACUUGUCGAGCCUGAAAUGUUGAGUAUGUGAAGAUGUUUAUAAAUGGUUGAUAAAUGAUUAUAAUUUUUCGUUUUUCUACUGGAUUCUUUCUACUGCGAGUCUAUUUUACACAAUGUUUUCCUUCCAUAGGAAACAAGAAGCAGCUCCUGCACCAACAGCUUUACCUCCUCCAGUACAACACGCCGCACCAAGUUCUCAGAGUCAGAAACAGCCGUUGAAGCAUGAAGCUUCUCACAGGCGUCGUCGGGAAGCUUCAAUGUUCGGCACUACUCCCCAAUAACAAAACAGAAACUAUUAGCAUUCAUAGAAGUGGAAGUUAUUCCAAUCAAUAGGACUACUCUAUCUUUUAUUUUCACGUGCUAACGCGCGAAAUCUGCAUCUGGAAACCUAAUCACUAAGUUAUCCUACUAUGCAUUAUGUCGAUGACCUCCUAUCUUCGUCUAACUUGUUUCAUUUACAAAAGAAAUCACCAUUUUGGUGUUUGUAUGUGAUUUCCUUCCUCGUGUUAAACUUUUUGUCAGUAUCAUUUGUCUCGCGUCAGUUCAAUUGAUUCUUGCCAUUAGGGAUUGUAAAGCAUUUCAUUGUUGUUUAACUCCGGAGUUAAAACUACAAAUUCCCGUAUGAUUUGCAUUAAUUACGUUUAAUUAUGUUAUCAUAAAUCAUGAAAGCUUAUGUUCAACUUCCUCUCGUAUUACUCUUUUUCAAAUCGACAUUUGGAUAAAUACACAUAAUCAUAGUUA